AUGAAUAUCGUUGAAUGGGCCCUUGGUAAGCGCAUGACGCCCGCAGAGCGUCUACGCAAACAUCAACGUGCCUUGGAUCGAACACAGCGAGAACUGGACCGAGAGCGGACAAAGCUAGAGAACCAAGAGAAGAAAUUGGUUCAGGAUAUCAAGAAGAGCGCUAAGAAUGGUCAGAUUGGCGCUUGCAAGAUCCAGGCCAAGGAUUUGGUCCGGACACGAAGAUAUAUCCAGAAAUUUUAUCAGAUGCGCACACAAUUACAGGCCAUUUCCCUGCGCAUUCAGACGGUCCGAAGCAAUGAACAGAUGAUGCAGUCUAUGAAAGGCGCUACCAUGCUCCUUGGUAGCAUGAAUCGACAGAUGAACCUCCCGGCAUUGCAACGCAUCGCUAUGGAGUUCGAACGAGAGAACGAAGUCAUGGAUGAACGACAAGAGAUGAUGGACGAUGCGAUCGAUGAGGCUACAGGAAUGGAGGGCGAGGACGAAGAGGGCGAAGACAUUGUGAAGGAAGUCUUGGACGAGAUUGGUGUGGACUUGGGUCAGGCCUUUGGCGAGACCCCAUCCGACAUACAAAAAGAAUCAGUUGGGGAGACCCGAGUUGCACAGGCUGUUGGUGGUGGGGGCCAUGCAGAUGACGACGAUCUCCAAGCGAGACUGGAUAGUCUUCGACGAUGA